GUCAGUUUAAAAAAAAAGUCAGGGAAUGGCGUAUGGACUACCCUUCACGGUCCAAGAAACUACAAGUGCACCAAAUCUUUAAAAGAAGUCAGCUGUUCUUGAAAAGAAGAUGGGAGGUCACAGUCAUCAGCCGUACAAGAUACCCAGCCCUGACGUUUACAAGUUGGAGGAUGUGCCGGAAUUGCAACGUGUUCAGGAGAAGUUAGCUAAGAAAGGAUUGAAGGAUCCCUGGCUGAGAAAUUACGUGUGGCGCUAUAAAGGAACUGACACACCAUUCAAACGUGGUCUUAUAACUUUGACCAGAGGGUGGAAGCUCGGCGUGCCUGCAUUUUUGAUUACUAUAGCCAUUGAACAAUAUUUCGGGAUUGACUACCAUGGUGGCCACAAUCAUCACGAAGAAGGCCAUCAUUAACACACACUUGGACGUUAAUGUCUUAUGGUAAAUAGUAGAAAUAUGUCAUUGUCAAAUACUAUGUUACAAAGAUACAUCAUAAACUUAAGUGUGACCUAAGUUUUAUGAGAAAAAUAAACAUUACAAUGUAUAGAGA